CAGUGAGGAUCAGUUAGCGCUUAGCUAAGAGAAAGGCAGUACCAGUGUGAGAAAGAAAAAAAUAGUCGAAGUCAUGUUGAACAAAAGUAUCCGUGUUUUUCUUGCAAAAAAUCUAAACACUGACGGUUAUCAGGCUUAUGUCGCACUUCAUGAUUGUAUUGUGACCGAAGCGCACGAGUAUAUGGCAUUCAAACGUGAAACUGUACAGAUUGGGAAUUCGGUGUAUCAAGGUUUCGAGCUCAAAGCAAGAUCUUUGCGGGAUGCAAAUGGCGCACUGUUUUACUACUGUCCCUGCCGUUGUGGUUUCGUAUAUGAUGCGAAGCUGGUACCAUACCGCCCAGUCGCUGUGGAAUACGUCCCUCGACCGGGGCUAGUGGAGCCACAAGAUUUGGAAUUGAAACAAUAUUUCUUAGAUAUACAACGGCAACAACGUGGACACCAACCUCAUAUGCUACACCAAUUGAUCGAGAAUCCACACCAAUAUAUGUUGCAAUAUCAAAAUUAUAUGAACAAACAUUACAAUAAAUUUCUGCAUCUGACGGCACCGCAGGAUCCCGGACAACCGAGUCACCAUGUUAUUAUCGAUCAAGUAGAGAACCCACAAGUGGUAGUACCAAUUCAAAAUUUAGAAGCACACAAUCAUCAACAACUUGCUGCUGCUGAAGAAGAAGUAAAUGUGGAAAAAGCAGGAGAUGAGGUGGAGGAACAAGAGGUGGAGGUAGAAGACCAAGAGCAUAUUGUGGUUGAUAAUGAUGAAGGAAAAGAGAAGGAGGAAGAACAGCGAGAAGUUGUUGCUGAUGCAGAAGAAGAUGAAGAGGAGGAGGAGGAGGAUUUUGAAUAUGAAGAAAAUGAGGAGGAAGAAGAAAGAGAGGUAGAAGGAGAACAGGGAAAUAUGUUGCCACCACCAUUAGAAGAACAGCAGCUUGCCGUUGCGAAUGAAGAAGAUGAAGAGGAAGAAGAAGAUGAAGAGGUAGAAGAAGAUGAAGAGGUAGAAGAAGAUGAAGAGGUAGAAGAAGAUGAAGAACUAGAAGAAGAUGAAGAGCUAGAAGAAUUUGAAUAUGAAGAAGAACGAGAGGUAGAAGAAGAUGAAGAACUAGAAGAAGAUGAAGAGCUAGAAGAAUUUGAAUAUGAAGAAAAUGAGGAAGACGACGACGAGGAAGAAGACCGGAAUGAAGAAGAGCAACAGGGAAAUAUGUUGCCACCACCAUUAGAAGAACAGCAGCGCCCUGUUGCGAAUGAGGAAGACGACGACGAGGAAGAAGACCGGAAUGAAGAAGAGCAACAGGGAAAUAUGUUGCCACCACCAUUAGAAGAACAGCAGCGCCCUGUUGCGAAUGAAGAAGACGAAGAGCUAGAAGAAGAUGAAGAGCUAGAAGGAGAUGAAGAGCCAGAAGGGGAAGAAGCACUGCAGCAUAAUGCGGGUGUUAACGAAGAAGAAGAACAAGAAGGUAUGGAGAUUUCUGAUGCUGAAGAAGAACAAGAAGAGUUAGAAGAUCAUGAGCAAAUGGAGAUUUCCGAUGAUGACGAAGCAGAAUAUGGAGAAUGGCCAGAAACAUUACAAGAUAUGGUACAUGUGGCGAAACCAAUACAAUGUUACGCUAUUUCUUCGACAAGUUCGGAUGACUCAGAAGAGGACGACGGUUUUCCAUCUGCCGUCAAUGAAUGGGACGUUAUUCAAAGCCAGAAAAUAAGUAGUACAGUCAAAGUGGAAGGUGGCAUAUAUAACGAUGAAAAUGACUGGAGCACAGACAGCGCCGAUGAAGAUUACUACUGAUCAAUAUUAUAUAGUGUUGAUCAACAUAUAAGGGGAACAUUGGGCGUUAAGCUGCAGGGUUAUCAAUUAAAGUGACACGGGCUUUAUCCUUAGCCAAUGGAUUACAUUAUAGUAAUUUGUGGCAGGGUUAGCCUUCGAAAAUGGAUUUAAAGUCCUCGAAAGUUGUUAGGUGGCAAAGUGCAAGCCACUUCAUUUCAGCCGAGCACAGAAUGGCGGCAGAAGACUUGCUAUAGAAGUCUAAUAUUUCGUAUUGUCUAGUUGUACUUAUUCAUUUAUGUUUGUAUGUGAAAUAUAAUAUAUACUUUUUGUAGAUUUGUAUA